UGUUUCUUUAAACGUACAAUUUAUGCGAAUCGAGAAAAAAAAUAUAAAUAUACCUGUCAAAAAGUAGUAAUGCCAGAACAAAAUUAAUUACCUGAAGACCGUUUUUGCGCUGAAACUGUGAUCUGACGUAGAAGCAUAAAGUUACUGUCUGUGCAAAUUGUUGCAUCAUGACACUUUUUGAAUACGUGCAAGCUUUAUCCGACAAUCCUUACUUUGGCGCUGGUUUUGGUCUGUUCGGCCUCGGAGCAGGAGCUGCCCUGUUGAGGAAAGGCACCCAGUUUGGAGCUGUAUUGUUCAAGCGACAUUAUAUGAUUACUCUAGAGGUGCCAUGCCGUGAUAAGAGUUAUCAGUGGUUGCUGCAAUGGAUCACACAUAAGGGUGCACGAAAGACCCAGCAUCUUUCUGUGGAGACCAGCUUUGAACAGAAGGAGACUGGUCAUGUAAAGACCAAAUACGACUUUAUUCCCAGCAUAGGAACUCAUUUUUUUAGAUACAAGGGAAAUUGGAUAAAGGUAGAAAGAACUAGGGAACAACAGACUUUAGAUUUACAUAUGGGUGUACCUUGGGAAACCGUGCAGUUGACGGCGUUUGGCAAAGACAGGAGCAUAUACUUCAAUAUUCUCGAAGAAGCCAGACAAAUGGCUUUGAAGGAACAUGAGGGCAAGACUAUAAUGUACGUUGCUAUGGGGAGCGAAUGGCGACAGUUCGGGCACGCUAGAAAGAAGAGACCACUGGAAUCUGUGGUCCUUGACACUGGUAUUUCCGAGAGGAUAAUAAAUGACUGUCAGGAAUUCAUCAAUAACCCAUCGUGGUACAGUGAAAGAGGAAUACCAUAUCGCAGAGGAUACUUGUUACAUGGGCCACCAGGAUGCGGUAAAUCUUCAUACAUUACCGCGCUGGCUGGGGAAUUGGAACGCGGUAUUUGCGUUUUGAAUUUAUCCGAGAGAGGUCUGACGGAUGACAGAUUGAAUCACCUGUUGGCAGUAGCACCGCAGCAGACUAUCAUUCUACUUGAGGAUAUCGACGCCGCUUUUACCAGUAGAGAAGAUUCUAAAGAAAUUAAAGCAGCGUACGACGGCCUCAACAGAGUAACGUUCAGUGGUUUGUUAAAUUGCCUGGAUGGUGUAGCUUCUACAGAAGCCAGGAUAUUAUUUAUGACGACCAAUUAUUUGGACAGAUUAGAUCCCGCACUCGUUAGACCGGGCAGAGUUGAUGUUAAAGAAUAUAUCGGAUGGUGCAGUGUGAAACAGAUUGAACAAAUGUUUCUGAGAUUUUAUAAAGAACCGGGCAAGGAUCCUGGUGCACUUGCAAAGGAAUUUGCGAACAGUGUUGUAUCCUUCAAGAAAAAUGUCAGUCCGGCGCAGAUUCAGGGAUACUUCAUGUUUCAUAAAAAUAAUCCUAACGCAGUUGUAAAUAACGUCGCGCAAAUCUGGGAGCUCACGUGAUAAAAAGUAAAACUAGCUUUAAUUCGAAGUAAAAUAUAAGUAAAGAACAUACGGUCGGUCUCGUGCUGCGCUUUCACUUGGCGCGAGCCACUACCGUCUUAAUUAAUAUAUUCGACGUGUCUUCUUUCUGUAAAAAAAUACAUUGUUAUUCUCAAAGAAAAGAUUAUAGCCUGUGGCAUGGAGAAUGAGUCUAAUAAUUUUUAUUUUCCUUUAUAAAACAAAUACAAAACGAGAUGAAUGUAGUUGAAAAUAUUUCUAUUGUGUGAUGUAUGUAACAACAUGUGACGUUGUAUUGUUGAUGUAAUGUCACGUAAAAUACAACAGAAUACAUUCUCACUUGUAACGAUAUGAGUAUGUAAUACUUUACCAUUCGAUAUUGAUGCAUGAGUGAAAAUGAACAUUUAAAACAUCAGAUGAAAAUUUAUCUACAAUACUCUCGUACUUUUCGUAUAACUAUUUUGUAUUUGUACCACCGGCAAUUGUAUGCGGACGAACUAUGAAUACUGCUUCGUGAAAAGAAAAAUUUGGAAUAAAAAAUUUUGUGUACAC